GGGAUUGGCCAGAUCCGGAGGCCCUAGGAAGGCCAGGCCGCUGCCGUCACGUGGCUGCCGCCUAGGCCACGCUGCUCUUGUCGUUUCUCUGGAUGCCCGCGCUCCUGCCGGUGGCUUCCCGCCUUCUGUUGCUGCCCCGAGCCUUGCUGUCCAUGGCUUCUGGAAGCCCUCCGACCCAGCACUCUUCGGCCUCUGGCUCCGGCUACGUUCCAGGAUCUGUUUCUGCAGCCUUUGUCACUUGUCCCAACGAAAAAGUCGCCAAGGAGAUCGCCAGGGCGGUGGUAGAGAAGCGCCUAGCAGCCUGCGUCAACCUCAUCCCGCAGAUCUCUUCCAUCUAUGAAUGGAAAGGAAAGAUCGAGGAAGACAGUGAGGUGCUGAUGAUGAUUAAAACCCAAAGCUCCCUGGUCCCUGCGCUGACAGAGUUCGUUCGAUCUGUGCACCCUUAUGAAGUUGCCGAGGUGAUUGCAUUGCCUGUUGAGCAGGGAAAUGCCCCAUACCUGCAUUGGGUGCACCAGGCCACAGCAUCAGUUUCACAUUCUGGCACAGCCCCCUCCUCUGCUUAAUGCCCUCUGGUUCCAGGUGAUGAUGACUGAGCCCCAAUAAAUCCUCUUCUCUCCGU